AUGAUCCCCGCCGAGGCGGUUGGAAAAUCAUCGGGCGUCAUCGGUAGAUUAACGAUACCCCGAAAUAGACAUGAUUGUCGGAUCAUCACCGCAGUUAGUCUCCGUCUCUACACGAACGCAACCAACGGUGGUUGCAGUGUGAAACAGCCGAGCGGCAUGGGAGAGGGGGCCAAGGGAUGGGCUGCUCAACUGCUAACUGUUAAGCUAAUUGCAUGA